CGACUGCAAUGGGGGCUUGUUGUUGAUUGCUUGUGCCGCCGCCGCACCCGCAGCAGCAACCUCUUAUAAAAGAAGAAGAGGAGGAAGGAGAAGAAGAAGAAGGACAGGGAGCGCCGGAGGUGAGAAGAGACCGCAAGAUUUCGCCCGCCGUCUCGUCUGCGUCUCGUCCCCCCUCCCCCGGCCCCGUCGCUCCUCAACUCCCAGCAUCCGUUAGGGUUUCCUUCCCCAGCCAGCCGGAGGUAUCUCCCGCGGAAUGCUGUCAUGGACCCAUCGCCCCAUCCUUUCAACCCGCCAGGUCUUGCAGUCCCCCCUCCCUCCAAGCCAAGGCAGAUGGCCGCAAGUAACAACCCUUGGAGGGUCGCUCCACCACCCCUGCAAAAUGCACGCGCAGGCUUCGGCGAUGCAAGCCUCUUCUCAACCUCCUUGCCGCUUCUUCCUCAUGAAAAAUUGAACUUUCCUGAUUCUGCACAUGGUACCCCGUCAAUGGAUGACACCUCUGUCAAAAUGAAAACCCUUGAUGAUGACCCUGAAGAGAAGGACUACAAGUUUGAUUUUGAUCUUCGCCAGAUAGAUGACUUGCUGCCUGAUGAAGAUGAGUUUUUCGCUGGGAUCACAGAUGAGAUCGAACCUAUCGGGCAGACAAAUAACACGGAGGAAUUGGAAGAGUUUGAUGUAUUUGGCAGCGGAGGGGGCAUGGAGCUGGACUUGGAUCCUCUGGAGAGUGUCACAGCUAGUUUUGCGAAUUCAAGCAUUGCUGAUGGGGCUAGAGGCAAUGGGAUCAACCCUUUUGGUGUCCCAAGCACUGUCGGAACUGUGGCUGGGGAGCAUCCAUAUGGAGAACACCCUUCCAGAACAUUGUUUGUAAGGAACAUCAAUAGCAACGUUGAGGACUCUGAACUGCGCUCUUUGUUUGAGCAAUAUGGGGAUAUCAGAACCCUUUACACGGCAACAAAGCACAGGGGUUUUGUAAUGAUAUCUUAUUUUGAUAUCCGGUCUGCACGCAAUGCAAUGCGUGCGUUGCAGAACAAGCCUCUGAGGAGGAGAAAGCUGGACAUCCAUUUUUCCAUCCCAAAGGAGAAUCCAUCUGACAAAGAUUUAAACCAGGGAACUCUUGUUAUUUUUAACUUGGAUCCGUCAGUUUCUAAUGAAGAGGUUCGCCAGAUUUUUGGGGCAUAUGGAGAAGUAAAAGAGAUAAGAGAGACACCAAACAAAAAGCACCAUAAGUUUAUAGAGUUUUAUGAUAUAAGAGCUGCAGAGGCUGCUCUCCGGUCACUGAAUAAAAGUGAGAUAGCUGGAAAACGAAUCAAGUUGGAACCAAGCCGUCCUGGUGGAACACGUAGAAACUUGAUGCAGCAGCUUGGUCAUGAUUUGGACCAAGAGGAGCCCAGAAGCUAUAGACAUCAUCAUGUUGGUUCACCUAUUGCUAACUCUCCUCCAGGGGCAUGGGCUCACUAUAGUAGUCCAACAGAUAACAAUGUGUUGCAAGCUUUGAACAGGUCUCCAACAGGAAAUGGAAUGAGUCCUAUCGGAAUGCCUUCACUAAUCUCAAAUGCUGUCAAGAUUGCACCUAUUGGGAAGGAUAGCAAUCGGUCUAAAUAUGAUCAAGUAUUCUCAAAUGGCAACCAGUCCGUGGGAGGUGCAUUUCAGCACUCUCACUCAUACCAGGAUCGCAGCAGUGAACAUAUGAGUUCUAGUCCUGGGACUUUAUCCGGUCCCCAAUUUCUCUGGGGUAGUCCAAAGCCUUAUUCAGAAACCUCUCAGUCCCCUGUUUGGCGUCCACCAGCAAUUGGGUCUGCAUUGUCAUCUACGAGCCGUUCUCAGGGGCAAGGCUUCUUGCAUGGCAGCCGUCAGGCUUCAUUAUUUGGGUCUUCAGAUCAGCACCACCAUCAUCAUCAUGUUGGUUCUGCCCCUUCAGGUGCUCCAUUUGAGAGCCAUUUUGGCUUUUUACCUGAAUCGCCAGAGACAUCUUUUAUGAAGCAAGUCAGGUUUGGGAACAUGGGAAAUAUUGGUACUGGCAGAAAUGGGGCGGGCCUCAUGCUGAACAUGGCUGGCCGUUCUUCUUUGAAUCCUAUUUCUUCUCUCAGUGGAAGUCUGACAGACAAUAGCUCUACUAACUUUAGACCAAUGCUGUCACCGAGAUUGGGACAUGCGUUCUACAGUAACCCCACCUACCAAGGGCCUGGUUCUUUCGGACUUGACAGUUCUAUUGACCGUGGCCGUAACCGCCGAGUGGACAGCAGUGCGCUCCAAGCCGAUAGCAAGAGGCAGUAUCAGCUGGAUUUGGAGAAGAUUCGCAAAGGCGAUGAUACUAGGACGACACUGAUGAUUAAAAACAUUCCAAACAAAUAUACAUCUAAGAUGCUUUUGGCUGCGAUUGAUGAACUCCACAAAGGAACUUAUGACUUCUUCUACCUGCCAAUUGAUUUUAAGAACAAAUGCAAUGUUGGAUAUGCGUUCAUUAACAUGAUAUCACCUACACACAUUAUAUCAUUCUACCAGGCAUUUAAUGGGAAGAAAUGGGAGAAGUUCAACAGUGAGAAGGUGGCCUCAUUGGCUUAUGCUAGAAUCCAAGGACGGACUGCACUGAUAUCACAUUUUCAGAAUUCAAGCUUGAUGAACGAGGAUAAGAGGUGCCGCCCCAUUCUUUUUCAUCCCAACGGCCUGGAAUCUGGAAAUCAGGAUGCAUUUCCAAUCAAUGGCAUAUGCAUUCACAUGCCUGUGGAAGACGAUUUGUUUGACGAUGAAGAUGACAAGAGUCAGGAUGUGAAGAUGGGAGGAGAGAGCUCCAUGCAAAUGGCUGGGAGCUUGUGAUGGUAACCAACUGGAUCAUAAUCUGACUGUCUAGAGUGAAGGUAAUCGACCCCCAAAACUGUGUAUAAAGAAUGAGGUGGAUUUUGUGUCGCGGUGUGGCAUGGGACAUCUAGUGGUUUUUGUGGCAGCGGAUGUCGCCCCCAAACGCUUAGGCCCGCCCGCACCCAUGCCUGCCCACUCCAGUGCCCUGUGUACAGAUUGCUUGCUUUUGGUUGCAUGCUGAUGCUGUAAAGAACACCGCAUUUGCCCAAACUGUACAGGAAACUGAACUACUUUGUGUCCAUCGAUUCUGCAUUUGCCGUGUUUAUUUAUGGAUGGAUUUUGCAUGCA